AUGUCGGAGGACAUUGAGUACCGUUGUUUCAUUGGUGGCCUUUCGUGGUCAACAUCUGAUAGGGAUCUAAAGAAAGCUUUUGAAAAGUUUGGCCAUCUUCUUGAGGCAAACGCUGUUUUUGACAAGGCCUCUGAACACUCUUGUGGAUUUGGGUUUGUCACCUUUGAUGACAAGAAAGCAAUGGAAGAUGCUAUUGAAGCAAUGCAUGAAAUGGAUUUGGAUGGACGAACUAUUACAGUGGAUAAAGCUCGGCCAAACCAAGGUUCAGAUAGAGAUAAUGAUAGGGAUCGACCUCGUGACCGUGACCGUGAUUAUGGAGGUGGUCGGUGCUUAGUUGUUUCCGUUGUAAUAUAUCCUAACCUCCGAACAUCAUCCCUCAAUGCGUAUAAUCUAUGUGUGGAGGGGAGUGUCACUCUCCCUUGGAAUGAUGUCAAAAGAAAGGGCAACAAAAUAGUAGUUGAAUGA